UGUUUCAAACAUAAUAACCAGUUCCAGUAGCAUAAAAUCAUUCUGCGCGAGAGUCUUCAAGAAGAGGCAGCGCGAUUUUCUUUCAAUUUCUGGUGAUUUCUUCCAUUUCCUGGUAUUAUAUCGAUGACAUCUUCAAGUACUGGAAUACAGUUAUUUUAUGGACCCGAGGAUCCAUCAGUGCUCUAUUGUCAACAUAAGCACAUUUCGAAUACAUUGUUGGUAGAUGGCACAAAGCAUAGUUUUAGAGUUCGCCGGACGAAAACUAAGGUUUGAGAGGUGGAAUUGCAUGACAAUGUGAGGCAUUGGCUUGACAUAUUUGGGUUCAACGGUGUGCUGGAGUGUAAGAAGCCGAUGAAGAUCGAUAACGAGCUUAUCGCUACCUUGAUUGAGUGCUGGAGGUCAGAGACUCACACUUUCCACCUACCAGUUGGAGAGGCUACAGUGACAUUACAGGAUGUUCAAAACCUGUUGGGUUUGCGAGCAGAUGGUCAUGUUUUCACUGGCCGUGAUUCUCCUGUUGGUAUGCUGAUUGGACCAGCAAGUGUCGAGAUCUGUUGGGAUGGAUACCCGAUACAAAUCCAGAAACGAAGCAAGGAGGUAUUUUGAUGACAGCUCUAAUCAACCAGACGACGAUACCUUUGGAUUGAAGGAUUUCUGGUGAUUGAUGGAGGAAAUCCAGAAAAAAGACUGGCUAUGUUGUCAUGCGUGCUGAAGGCAUAUAUGAUGUGGAUGCCAAUACAUCAAUAGAUCAGCUCUCUGAAGAACUUCACAUUAAAAUGCCAGAGGGUCAUCAAUAUGAAACCAUUUCAGGUUUUGUCUGCGAGGCAUUCGGAUAUAUCCCGAGAACAGGUGAGACAAUACAAGUAGUCCUUGAGAGAGAAAAUCAAGAGGACCAUGUUAACUAUCCGACCGGCAAGAAGAAAAUGAGAAAACUCAAUUAUUUAAGCUUGAGGUUUGUUUAAUUUUCCAUUUACUCCCCCUAUUAAUAUUAUAAGCGGUAAAAACUAGAUCAGUGGAAUUGUAUCAACUUAUAAAUAGUAAAAUGCCCAACCUUCAUGUUUUGAAGUACCAUACAUACUUAUUAUGAUAUAUGAAGAAGGCUAGGUGUACCUAUCUAAUUCACCCUUUUAAGGCAAUUAGGACGCGUUCGGUGUGGAGGAUUUCUCCAGAAAUUUGAUUUAUUUCUGCCCAUUUAUGUUGCAAUUGAUCUUGAAUUUGUAAUGAAAACUGUGUGCUUUGUUGUGCUAAAUUAAUUUCUGUGGGGUGCUUUGAUUAUCUAGCCCGUCAUAAUAUGCACCUUUGAGUUUCAUAUAAUUUUGAAUUUAAUUCCACCAUUCCCUCUGUUCUUCUGUUUUGCCCGUAAUUUUUUUUGAAUGUGUGCAUAUGUAUCAUAUAGAAAGAGUAGUCAGGUACUUAUUUGGUGAUCAGCCUACCAAACAUUUUACACUACCAUUGCGCCAUAGCCACGAUGAGAACUCCAGAUAAUUCCGCGAGAUUACUGAUGAUGCUUGAAGACAUCAUGCUAUUAUACCGGGUAGAGCGCACCAUUCUCGUACAUCGUUACAUCAGAGCCCACACAAACCGUACUAGGCGUAGGAUCAUUGAACAUGCGAGGCAAUACAGCUUGAUAAGUAAGGUUCCUCAGCAAUUGAUACACUUGGAACGACUCAUUAAUGUCACUGAUGUUGACCGUAUAGCUAACUUAAGAAUGGAUCGCAACACAUUUGAGAAGUUGUGUUGCAUCCUCACUGAGCAGGGAGGCUUGAGACCAAGGAAAUGCAUAGGCAUUGAAGAACAUGUGGUGAUUUUUUUGGGCGUCUUAGCGCAUCACAAUAAAAACCGUGUUGUCGUUUCAGUUUUUUUAGGUCCUGUUCGAUAGUGUCCCACUACAUGAACAAGGUUUUGGGGGCUGUUUUGAGUCUCCACAGAGUGUUAUUGUCGGAGCCUACACCCGUGCCGGAUGAUUGCAUUGAUCACAGAUGGAAAUGGUUCAAGGGCUGUCUCGGUACACUCGACGAUACACACAUCAACGUACUGGUUAGCAACAGUGGCAAACAGCGUUAUCGCACGCGAAAGGGGACUAUUGCAACGAACACCUUGGCUCUUUGCGAUCGCAAUAUGCAGUUUGUUUAUUUCCUACCUAGUUGGGAAGGGUCCGCCGGUGACUCUCGCGUACUCAGGGAUGCUGUGGCGCGCCCCAACGGCCUAAGAGUUCCACAGGGCUGUUACUAUUUAUGUGACAACGACUACGCCAAUAGCAACGGGUUUUUGACGCCGUACAAAGGGGUUCGAUACCACCUCAAGGAAUGGGGCAUAGGGAAUGCACAGCCACAAAAUCCGAAGGAAUUGUUCAACAUGAGGCACAACAAGGCUAGGAAUGUAAUCGAGAGAGCCUUUGCGGUUUUGAAGAUGCGUUGGGGGAUAUUACAUAAUUGUAAUGGGCGUCGGCAUACCCGAAUGCAGAUGUGGCAGGGGGAAGAUGGAGUUGCGCCGUGCGGGGAAAAUGACUACCAAUGCAGGACGCUACUACUUCAAAUGUCCCGACAAACUCACCCAUGUUGGAUCAUUUCAGUGGUACGACGAGGCUGUCCGGGGGCUGGGACAGGGAGGUAAAAGUGGCGUAGAAGGACAGGGAAAACCAGUUAUGGCUGAAGAACAGAGAUAUUAUGCCAACUGCAGUGCUGGUGAAUAUAAAGGCGGUGGCCAUUGCUGCCGCGCUUCAACACCGAACGAUUUGAAGACCCUAAUGCAGCUUGGGUUCAUGGCCGUCGUGUUGGUAGUAGUGGGAAUAAUUAUAGGCAUGCUUCUGUGAACUGCAUCUUAUUCAGCAUAUGAUAGCACUUUUUUGUUAUUUACGCCAGUAUAUAUCAGCCCUUCUCGUGAUCCUUUUAUAUUUUGCCAGAUUACAUGUUGUUUUUGUGCGUAAUAGCAUCAGUAGAUGAUUCCGCGGGCAUGGACGGGCAUGUUUAAGUGAUUCCAGUAGAUGACCAAUUAGAGUGUCUUUUAUU